AUCAAAGAAAAGCAAAAAAAAAAACAAGAAGAAGAAGAAGAUGCUCAAAUUCGAUGAACCGCAAUGCACAAACCCGUCUUGUUUCUUCUGCAGCAUGAAAGAGCCAAACCCUUUUCGUCGAAGAUCGAAACUCGCAGCGAUAUUCAAACAGAUCCCUCGUACGGAGUCAAAAGACCAUGUCUUGGUCUUGAGUGGUCUCUGGAACAUAGCCAUGUCCGAGCCUGACGACCCAGAGUUCCCAUCACUCGGUUUGUUCGAGUGUAUGUCAAAACUCAUACACAAAUCAAUCAAAAGCACAGCUUGGCUUCUCAAAGACCAAAACAUUUUCAUUCCUUAUUACGCAGCUCAUAUCAUCGGUUCAUAUGCUAUGAACAAGGAAGAGUUGGCUUCCCUAGCGGUGGUUGAUUCAAAGGCCCUUGUGGUUCCUGCUUUGUUGGAGCUUUUGAGAGGGAGAAUCAGCUGGGUUGAGCAGAGAGCCGCGGCUCGAGCGCUUGGUCACUUAGCUAGCCAUGACAAGAGCUUUGAAGCCGUUUCUUUGUUUGAAGAUGAGAUCGUGAAGCUUUCGAUGGAGAUAGCUACUACUUGUUUGAAGAAUGUUUACAAAAGCUUUCUUGGGGUUGAAGAUAGCUUGAGGAUCAAGUAUCAAAGCGAUUUGUUGACGAGAGGGCUUGGUGGGUUGGAAACAGAGAAUCGAAAAGCAGAGGAAUGGGGGAUUCAGCUACAAUGCUGGUCUUUAGAUCUAUUGAACUGCUUCGCCUCGCGAGGUAAGUCUAUAGAUAGAAUCUGCGAGGGAGGUUUCCUGAAGAAGGUGAGUGAAAUGUGGGGCGGUUUAGUUAACCGGAAGUCAUCAGGAGGCAUUGGAUUGAUAAAGACUCUGUGCAAAACAGAGUAUGGAAGAAGCAGAGUAAGUGAGGUUAGAGAAGUGAUCGAGAGACUUUGCGAUGUUUCGAGAUCUUCUGAUGAUUGGAAAGAGAUGGCUUUAGAUACCCUUUUGUUGCUUCUUAAAGACUCCAACGUUAGGUAUCGAGUUAUCGAUGUUUUAGGACAUUGUUUAGUUGACCUAGCAGAGGAUGUAGUUGUUGGAGACAGAGUAGCUCAAGUAGUUUUGCAAGAUUAUCACAAGAUUAAGUACAGUGGCUUGAAAGUGAGUAGCGAGGAAGCUCAGAGAAGUAUAGAGAGUCUUUGGGAGGUUAAAGUAGAGAGGAAGAAGAAGGAGAGGCUUAUGAGUAAGACAGAGCUCGAAGAGAGAAGAAAGAUGGUGAAGUCGUUGAAGAAACAGGGGAAGAAGAAGUUUUUAAUGGGUUCUGUCGAAGAAGCGAUGGAGAUUUAUACAGUGGGGAUUGAUUUGUGUCCGUUGGAUAUGGUAGGAGAUAGGGUUGUGUUGUAUAGCAACAGAGCUCAGUGUUGCUUGUUGCUGAAGAAAGCUGAGUCUGCUAUUAGUGAUGCUACGAGAGCUUUGUGUUUAUCUGGUGUGGAUGAUCCUCAUGGUAAGAGUUUGUGGAGAAGAUCUCAAGCGUACGAUUUGAAAGGGUCGGCGAGAGAGAGCUUGAUGGAUUGUUUGGCAUUCGUAGAUCAACGGCUCCAGCAUUCGAGUACGGAGAGGGUACCGUACUACGCGGCACAGAUGAUUAAAAAGCAGAUGAAAGACACGUGGGUUUUCUCAGGGUUUGACUCAAAGACCUGAACAAAGCACAACUACUGGACGAUGUCGUUUUCCGCAUAGACUAGAUUUUUUUUCUAAGUAGCUGACAUGUGUUAUAAAAUUGAUAAAUCUGCUAUAAACUUACAAGUAACAUGGAAUCUUUGAUGUAUGUUUGAAAGUUUUGAAACUUCUAACAUAUUAUCUGAAACCGUUAUGAUAUUUUUUAGGAAUGAGUGUCUAAACCCAAAAUUUUGUGUAUAAUA